CCCGCGGAACACCACACAACCCUCCACCGCGGCUUCCCUAUCGCCUUGAGUCUUGCACGGGGCCUGGCAGCCCGGGGCCUGCGGGUGGCGCCUGCCCGAGCUCUUCCUGCCCGGUGUGGCCGGAGGCCAUGCCCGGCCCAGGGCACCCGCCACGCGGCGCCCGUUUGACCCCGGUACCGUGCACCUGCCCGACCAUUUCCCCCGACCCACAAGGCUUCGCGCCCGGCCCCGCGGGCGGGCCCGGAACCUGCGCAGAGAUGGAUACACAGGGCCUGGUCCUGAGCAUCAUGGAAGAGUUCAAGAGAAUAGAUUACAGCAAAUGGCAGAAGACAGCAGCAGAGGAGAGAAAAUCUCCAGCCCACAGGUUGACUUUGCCACCACUCACUGAUGAGGACAAGAAGAAGAAGAAAGGGGAGAAGAACAAACCAGUAGUUGCAUUUAUGCUGAGUAAAAAAACACCCUUGCCUUCGGAGACAUCAUCAUCCCAGGAGAAAUACAGAAGUUUUGCUCAGAGGAAAUUAGCACUCAGGAAGGCUGAAUUAGCUAAUACCUUGGAAGAGAUCAAAAUUGCCACGAAUCUGACCAGUCUGAAGAAAAAUGCUAUUGAGGAGUUGAAGCAGUGCAGUGCCCGCCUGGCAGAGACCAACUGCCAGCUGAUUAAGGACAUCCAGCACACCGAUGACAUCACUGCCAAGCAAGCCAGGGCCCUGCUGCGGCAGUAUGAAGUACUUCAGAGAGUGAAGGCAAUGGUGCAGACCUUCAAUCAGAACCAGCUGGAUACAGCAAGGGCAGAGCUCCAGGAAAUGGAAAAAACAAUGGAAAAGAAUCUGGGAAAGCUACAGCAGCAGCUGGAUGAAGUCACAUCAAAGGUACAGGUUCUCCAGGACAAGCUCGGCAUCCUGCGGACCUACAUUGAUGAGCAGUAUCCAGAACAAGCUGUCCAGAUAGUCCUUCUGCAGCACAGCAUCCAGAACCUAAAGGAGCAACAGCAGGUGCUGAGACCUCUCCUUCCCUACAGCAUUGCCAGGGAGGAAGGAAUACAAUGGUUAUCUUGCCUAGCACUCCUGUUGUUUCUGUGCACUGCUUCCUGCCAUUCUCAGGAAGAGAUAAAGAAGACAGAAGAAACGGGGAAGGCCAUCUUGGAGGAACUGGAAGAGAAAACACGGGCAGAAGAAGAGGCGCUAUUACAGAAAGUCGUGGAGGAGAUGCUGCUGCACCAGGAUGGCCUGAAGCAGAUGGUGAUAAACAAUCACAUUCUGCAACGUGAAAUACUGAGGCAAAGGGAGAUUAUUAAGGACCUGGAGGAAGAGAUUGGUGAGCUGAAGAGAAGCAUCCAGACACUCCGCCAGAGAGCAAGAGACCCAAAAGAGCUGAUCUUUGCUGAUGUUCUUCUCCGCAGACCAAAGUGCACGCCGGACACGGAGGUGGUCCUCAGCAUCCCCGCCAAGGGGAUGCCGCUCAUCUGAUGCUCGGUCAGGCUCCACUCACCCAGCACGCAGCUCGGCUGGGCUCAGGUGAGGUGCUGAGCUGCAGAGCCCUCCUUUCCCGUCGGCACUUCUCCAGCCCAGCUCUGCUCAGCCGCCUUGGGGACUCACUGAUGUGGUUAUACGGUGCAGUAAAGGUGUUGCCGUC